UAGAAUGUUGGCAAAACUUCACUAGUUCAUAACUGAGCAGGCUGAAGGCAAGUCACUUGUGAUUAACCUCUGCUAUAAUAAAACUAUUCAUAACUUUGCAAUGGAUUUAUAUUCAAGGACAAUCCAUCAGAGAGGAUCUUGGACUGGGAGUGAAUAUCAGUCUGUUUCUCAGAGAAUCUUGCACAUUGUCAACUCUUCUGAGGAAAUCGGAGACACUGUGCCAGUUUGGACAUCAGCAUCUAAGCACCGAUACCAAUAUGUGCGGGCUACACGGUUUUCUGAAAGUAAGUAUUGGAGGGAGUAUAGACACUGGUGUACUGUGGCCCAGGAGGAGCACAAUGUUAUGAACAGCCUGUCCACUUCCACGGCUACAGAGGACAAUCUCCCCCUUCAGCCCACUGCUGUGGCUCCAGUGAGGCAGGAGGAGAGCCUGACAUUUGUGGGGAACUUCACUCACCCUCCAGGCAUCACCCAAGAUGAGAUGAUUGCCCUGCUGAAUUCAGUUAAGGCCCAGGCCCCCAUCUCAGAGAAUGCAGGCAGCCAUGGCGUUACAUCCACCCAGAAGACACUGCUCAAUCCCACUAUGCCUCGCAGCAGCUUUAGUGGGAAUGUGAAGGACACCCACCCAUCCACAAUUGUGAAUGUGCAGAUUCCAGCACAAGAGCUCCAGUCUGCCACUGCUAGUCAUCAGAUGGACCCUGAUGAUCUGACACACGUGGGCACAAUCUACUCUUCCACUCCACCAUCUACCGAUAGCGUGGAGUCUCUCAAUAAUGUGAUGGGCCACAUAACCCAAUCUGAUAACACAGCUGCUCUACUGAACGAGAUUGGACCCCUCACCUUCUUGGGCAACUUUGACCUUCCUCCUCAUCAGCCGAACAUGAAGCUGAAGCCAGCCCAUGUGUCUGGCGAUGUGACCCAGAGAGAGGUCAUUUCUCUUGGCAUCACCCCCACCCCACCAACCCUCUCUGCAGCUCCUGUGAUCCCCUCCGCUGAGGCCUGUGGAAAUGUCCCUGCUAGCUCAUUCAGCUCUCCCACCCACUACACCACCAGAGAGGCGUAUGUGGAGAUGCUGGAGUACCACCGGCACAUGGCCUCCUACUACAAGCAGCUCAGGCUGAAGGCUGAGAACACCUCACAGGUGGAAGGCUCCGUGCUCCGGAGAAAGAGAGUGGGUGUCCUCGGGGGGAGUGGGGGGGAGCCCCCACAGAAGAGGUGUUGGGAGGGCAUCCACCUCCCUGAUGAUGCCAUUGAGGAACUGUGUGCCAUCCCUGGUGUCUGGGAUUUGGCCAUAGAGUUGGGCAUCCUGACUGUCUGUCAGGCAGAGGAGUUAAAAGGUUUUUAGUCCAUUAAACAGAUAUGAUCAUA